AUGGAUAGAGAUCUUAUUAAAGGAAAUAAAAUAUGUUAUAAUUAUGAAAAAGAACGAUUAAGAUAAAUUCAUAAACACAAUCUUUAGAUAGCACAACCUUUAAGUAUUUUACUUAAAAACAAUUAACAGUUAGAACCUAAAUGGAAAGAUUAUCAUAAAACUAAAAUAAGAAACUCUAAUUAUAAGAAGAGAGAUUUACUGAAAUUGAAAGAGAAAAUCGUAUAUUAUUAGAAAAGAUUCAAAAUAUAAUGAGUAAUAUUCUAAUCUCUAAUUAGAUAAUGAACGCAAAAGAGCCACUUCUAAUUGGUAAAAUAAUAAUAUGACAGCUUCAAAUUUUAAUUAAUCAUAAUCAGUCCAUAGGAAAUAAUCACUCAAUAAAGAAAAAAGAAAAAAAGAGUUAGUCAGAAUUACAAUUGAAAAUUAAAGAUUAAUGAACAGAUUAGUUACUAAAAAACCUAAUUAUAAUACAAAAAUUAUUUUGAAGCAAACCUCAAAAUAAUAAUAAUUAGUCUAAUAAAUAGCUGAAUAUCCACUUAAAAGGUCUAAGAUGUAAAGUUCAUAUAAAUAAAAAAGCAUUGAUCUAUCAAGUAAAUAUAAAAUAUCAUAAAAGAGAGUAGUUUUAUGGGUUGUUUACCUACUUAAACUAAUUACACACCAAAUAAUUAACCAAUUAGAAAAAUUCUGCUUUAUAAAUCAAAUAAAAUAUUAAAUGAUAAAUCAUAUUACAUUGAGGUAUUUUAUGAAGAUGAGUAAAUAUUACAUAUAUUCAUAUUAGUUUAUUUAAAAUUACUGUUGAUGAUAAAGAAUGUCCAAGUACAAAAGUUUUUGAGAUGCCUUAAGAAGAUGGUUAAUUAGUUUUGAAAGAGAUUUAUAAUAAUAAUAUCUUAUAAUUAGUAGAUGCUAUAAGAAUUGAUGAAAACAUACAUCUUGCAGGAUUGGAAUAAUUUGAAGAAUCUCAAUGA